UUAUAUUUUUAUGUUUAUAUCAUUUGUUUGUCUGUAUGUUAGUUUUUUCAUCACAUUUCUCUUCUUUUGAGGAUGAGAUGAGCUCACCUUUAGCUGCUGUUGGAUGUCGAUGAUUUUGUCUUGUUGUAAAUAAUCGUCAGUUAAAUUUUAAUUCUGAAAUUUAUUAUAUCAACUUUUUUAUACACUCAGUUUUAUCAUGACCAAUUGAGGAUAAAGUCAAAUCAAAUAUUCUUACCACCAUAGUCAAAUGGAAUCAAAUAUAAAUGACGAGACACGAGCUCAAAUCUGGAAGCUCCAUCUUGGAAUAAAAGAUACCAAGCCAAAUUUGAAAGAAUUUUUCGGACUUGAAGAACAGUCUGAGAUAAGGGAAGAUUGUGUUAAACUGGUUGAAGCAUUGGGUAAUCCAGAGGAUGAUAGACUUGCAAUUACUAGCGACUUGGAGACCGUGUUAACAACUUAUGCUGAAACGUAUGGAUACAAAUAUUUCACUGACAACGGGUGGCUUGAAGUGAUUGAACCUUUACUGACUUUAAAGAUUGGCCGAGAUGAUUUAUACAAUUUUUUCGAGAUUAUACACAAAAAGUACAUUCCAAAUAUUUUUACCUAUCCCAAGAAUUCGGAAGAAUCACAUUCUAUUAAUGACCAACCAUUCCAUCUCCUGAGAUUAUUAUUAUUUUACCAUGAUCCCGAGCUGUGCUCGUUUUUAGACACCAAGAAAAUCAAUCCAGAUUCAUAUGCUCUCUCAUGGUUCCGAAGUUUAUUCGCUGCCCAUGUCAAUAUAAAAGCUCUUCUAACCUUAUGGGAUGCUUAUUUACAAGCUUCUAAUCCAUUCCUCAUCUUUUUUUUAUCAUUAGUUAUGCUAGUCAAUGCAAAGGAACAGAUAAUGAGCAUGAAAGAUCAAUCAAAGGAGGCAAUCAUCAAGACACUGAACUCUGUGCCAAGUGCCCUCGAAAUAGACGAUAUCCCAGAUCUCUUUUAUCUUGUAGAAACACAUUACGUGUCUCAAACACCUAGAUGCAUCAGUGAGCUGCACAAAUUAAUUUUCAAUUAUGACUCAGGAAUUGAAUUUUCAAUGGAAUUGACUGAUAUCGCACAGGCUUUGUGUUUACCUAUUCCUGUAUCACAUCUUUUACCCUCGUCUAACAAUUCUGGUGUUAGAUUUUUCAUCGUAGAUUGCCGACCGGCAGAGCAAUAUAAUAACGGACACUUAUCAACUGCUUUUCAUCUUGAUUGUAGUUUGAUGCUUCAAGAACCUUCAGCUUUUAAUACUGCAGUACAAGCUCUAUUAGCAGCACAAAAACAAGCCAUCCUAGCAGGAUCGCUAGCUGGUGGUAAACAUUUAUGUUUUAUGGGAAGUGGUCGUGAUGAAGAAGAUCGUUAUGUUCAUAUGGUUGUUGCAUCUUUUUUACAAAAACACCAUCUUUAUGUCAGUCUAGCUUUUGGCGGCUAUGCAGCUCUCCACCAUUUUGUUUUGCGGAAUAAUUGCUUGGAUAAAUAUUUUACUGAUCAUAACAAGAAACUUUGUUUAUCGUGUCGCAACCCUCAAAGUUUUAUUGGCAAUUCCCCAAUGGGAUCAAGAAGCCUAUCAUCUAGUAACUCUUCGCUUCUUGGUGCAAUAGAUGGUGAAAAUGCUUCCAACACUUCUAUCUUCGAUAGAAUGGCUUCAGUGAUGAAAAACAGAGCUGUUGGUGUUAAGGAAAAGUUAGUUGACUAUAUAAUUAAUCCAAGUGCUGGUGAUGAAAGGCAUGUUAGUGCUACUGAUCGACUCGGAAGGAGAUAUACUGGAGGCUCGAAUAUAUUCAGUCUUUUCGAUGUUGAUAACGGAGAUGGAUUAGUUUCGAAUGAACCAGAAGAUUUUGAAUUCGAUGUAGAGGAAUGGUGUAAAGCGAAUAACGCCUUGAGCUGUUUUAAAUGUGAAGAAAUAACUGACGAAAUCAAAAGAUAUCCAAGUUAUCUAAUUUUGACUGAGACGCAUUUAUACAUAGUACGUGCAAUACCACAAAAUAAAGGGUUUGGUAAAAUCGUUGCAAAAAGACCCCUGGAAAUGAUAGUGCAAAUAACAAGCAGAAGGAGAUUGCCUAAUUUAAUUACAAUCAAAUAUGGCCAGGCAAAUGACGAAUCCAACAGUGAGCCGACAAUCAUGGCUCUUGAUAAAUUGAAUAUACCUGAACCUUAUCCAGUAACUCGACUACUAAAGCAACAAGUAAUCAAAGUUUUAAAUGGCGAAGUCGAAAAUCAUUCUGCAACUGGUCAAGAAAAUAAAAGUUCUGAUCAGUGAAAUCAAAUCUGCUCUUUUUAUGAAUUUAUUACUCAAAAAUUUACCUAAUAACUAAUCUUACUACGUUAAUGUUUUAGGUUUUUUUCUUGACAAACUUGUAACCAAAUAAAAUGUUUAUUUACCCGUAAA